UUUCUUUACAAAAUAUAACUGGCAGCAAUAAUCAUAUCAAUGUAUCCUUGACAACAAAUACAAUUUUUUUCUAUACAUGAACAACAAAGUGUGCAUAGCUGAGAAAAAACUCAAUAAAAUAUUUAACUAAUAAUUGUCAUAUAAUCUAAAAUUUGUUUAAAUUGAUAUUGCAAAAUAACAUUAUCUUAUUAAAUUUAAUCUAGACAAGGAUAAAAUUUGUCACAGCUCUAUUUAAUUACAAUACGUUAAUGAUGGCUUCUUUAAAAAAGCAACCCUCUAAGAUUUCAGAAUUAACGAAAGAUCAUGUUAGUAUGAAAAGUCAUGUGUCAGCUGUAAGCUUAGCUGGUGGAGAUAUGGAUUGGAUGCGAACAAAAACUGCACUUAUACCAGAUGAUCAAUUACAAUUAACAGAAGCAGAACUUCAAGAAGAAAUUGCUCGAGUCCUUACAGUACAUAACACACGUAUUCCUGAUUCACUCGUUGAAUGGUCUUGGAAAUUAAGAGAAUUUAUAAAACUACCUGAUCCUCCUAAUUUAGUAACUCUCCUGAGUGUACCUGGCACAAUAAUACGUCAGGACUCAGAGGACAUUAAAAUACAAUUAGAAGAUGAUGAUGAAGAGUUUGCUGCCCGACAAAAUGACGUACUAGAUAAAUAUGCAGAUGAAGAAUAUGAAGAAUAUGAAUAUGAAGAAUUAGAUGAAGUAGAUGAAUUUCAAAGAGGAAAGCCUAAAAAAAUACCUAAUCAAUUCAAUUUUUGUGAGAGAGCUGCAUUAACAUAUGAAAAUCCUAUGAGAAACAUGAGUACACAAACUAUACCUCCACCCAUAGCAACAUUUAAUACACAUGUUUUCCAAUGGACUAUUUUUGAUGAAUAUCAGAAAGAUUAUAUGCUCCAACAACGUGAAAGAGAAAGAGAAAGAAGAAUGCCAAUUAUACAUGUACGGAAAGAGGACACAAAACAAAAAGAACAAACAGAGAUCAUUGAAAUGUAUAAUAGAAUGCUUAAAGCAGCUAAAACAUUAGAGAGAAUGGUAAAUCAAAAUAUAUAUGAUGAAAUUGCACAGGAUUAUAGAUAUUGGAAUGAUCCAAGUGAUGAAUAUAAAGAUGGCGAAGGCUCCUUGUUACCAUUAUGGAAAUUUAAUUAUGAACCAACAAAAAAACAUGAUAUCACAGAUAUAUGCUUUAAUGCCAGAUAUUAUGAUCUAUUUGCAGUAGCAUACGGAACAUUGACAUUCAAUAGUACUAUAAAGAAUGGUUCAGUUUGUUUAUUUAGUUUAAAAAAUCCAUCGUACCCAGAAUGGAUUUGUCCAACAGAAUCUCCAGUAAUGUGUUUAGAUUUUAGUGUUCAACAUCCUCAUUUAUUAGUCAUUGGUGUUAAAGACGGUUCAGUUGCAGUAUAUAAUAUUAUGUUACCACCUACAGGACCACAGUACAAAAGUAAUGAUGUUACACAAAAGCAUGGAGGUAUUGUAUGGGAGAUUCGCUGGGCAUCAGAUACACAAGAAGGGAAUUUAGCAUUUUAUAGUGUUAGCAUCGAUGGCAAAAUAAAUUAUUGGGUUCUCAAUCAAAAGGAACUUAGUUUAACAACUAUUAUGACAUUAUUUCUUGACCGACCACCAAUACCAGGUCCUGAUGGUACAAUGAUUAUACUCAAAGGCUGUGGUACCUGUAUAGCUUUUUAUCCAUCGGAUGAGCAUGUAUUCUUAGUUGGAACUGAGGAAGGUAAUAUUUACAAAUGUAAUACGGCAUACAGCAGCAUUUAUGUGCAAACAUAUAAUGAAGCACAUCAUAUGCCGGUGUAUCGUAUAGUUUUCAAUAAAUACAAUUCGAAGAUAUUUGCAAGUUGUUCAGGAGACUGGAGAAUUAAAAUAUGGGAAGAUGAAAGGCCAGAUCCACUGUUUAUGUUUGACCUUGGUGUUCCAAUCGGAGAUGUGCAAUGGGCACCUUAUAGUUCAACUGUCUUGGCUUGUGUAUCAAAUGAUGGAAAAGUUACUGUUUUUGAUUUAAAUGUGAACAAAUACAGAUCAAUUUGUAGCCAAGCGAUUGUUAGUAAAAAGAGAAAUAAACUAACAAGGCUUGCUUUUAAUACCAAACUGCCAUUCAUCAUAGUUGGUGAUGACAAGGGUACUAUAAAUACAUUAAAGUUAUCACCAAAUCUUAGAUUGAAAAUAAAGCCAACAAAAAAGCAACUCCAUUUGACAGAUGCAGAAUUAGAAUGUAUGAAAUUAGAAAAAUUAUUAAGUUUUAUACGCGAGCCACCUAUAUUAAUACCACCAAAAGAUGUUAAAUUAGAAUGAAGAUAUUAUUAUUUGCAAUAUUUGUUGAAGUUUGAAGAAAUAUAUAUAGUAUACUCCAAAAUAUAUAAAAAAAAAAAAAGCAUUAUAUAAAGAAUCAUAUCUGCAGGAAGUUUAUUUUUUACAACAC